UUCUAACUGCUACUUGUAGGUCUGUAAAUAUACUUGAAAUUCAAAAUACUCAACUUGUUUGGUCACUAAUCACAUUUGAGAUUAAAAUUGUUAGUUUUCAGAGUAUCCAAUUCUGAAAUGGUUUUGAAAUUGAAACACCAUUUCUAGUUAAGUCACUUUUGAUGGGACCAUGGGCUGUCAUAUUCUUCUGAUAAGCCCGCUACAGCAUUUAAUUGUACUUGAAAAACUUGGUUGGUUUAUCGGUGAACUGGAUAAAUUUAGAGUGACCAUGGGUUCCAUUUCAAUCAUCUCAUAUGUAGCAUGUUAUGAUAAAAUGAAUAACCUGCUAUGAACUAAUUAUUAAUUUAAAAUAAUAUUUUUUGCUGCAUAUAGCUUUGAAUAGAGGGUUGUGGCAGGACAGGAUAUAUGCAUACUGGAUCCUAAAUGUUGCAAUAAGGUUGCUCCAUUGCGACCUAGUGGCUGCGGGUUUGAGUCCGGAAACAGCCUCUCCGCAAUCGAGGGUUAAGGCUGCGUAUAUUAUGACCCUCCCCAGACCCUGCAGUGGCAGGAGCCUCGUGCACUGGGUAUGCUCUUCUUUAUCCAAAUUAAUUGCAAUAAGGUUUAACAGAGUUGAAUUGUAUGUAUAUCUAUAGAAUGUUUUUAUUCAUACCAUACCAUAUUAGUGGGUACUAUUUGGGAAUUAUUUUGUGAAAAUGUAUCAUAAGUGAAGAAAAGUUAUUCUUAACUGUUCCACAGAGAAAUAUCUGCUUUGCUUGCUAGAUCAUUUUUCAUGGGUUUUUCUCUCACAAUUUUGGCUUUGCUUGCACGCCUCAGAGUUUUGGCUCAGCAAGAUUUUCGUGCCACUCUUCAACAGAUGUUACUUGAUGUUGUCUCAGUGUUCAACUUGGUCUCAUCGGUGGCCCAGAAGAAACGCUCUGUAAAACUCAUUCAAGAAGGACUUGAGGUUUUCAGGGAAUACUAUCCUUCAAAUGAUGAAAUAGUCACCUUGGAGUGCAUUUGGAAGAUAGAUAAAUUUGUAUUAGUUGAGAGAACCAACAAAAGUGAUUUCAAGAACCACGAUGGGAAUCUUGAACCAGACAGAGAUAUUUCUUUGGGUCCAUCAAUGAUAAAAUAUCAAAGCAUUGAAGCUUGGCUUGGAGAAGAUGAAGUUUGCGACAAAGACAAAGGUCAUACUUCUGAAGAACUGGAUCCCACUGAUGCUGGACCACAUAAAACUGAUGCAUCACCUGAUCCCAAUUUUAACAGCCAGAUGCAAGUUGAAGAUUUUGGGAAGGAGGGUGUUCAUUUGGCAAACCCGGAAUCGCCUAAUAAAAAUUUUGAUUUGAAUGGCGCCAUAGUUGCAAGUACAAGCCAAAAGCCAGAACCAAUAUCUCCAGAACUUCAAUCUGGAUCAAGCUUGAAGGUGGCAUUUGUAUCGGUAAGAAAAUCAGCACCACCACCAAUUAAUGAAGUGGGGAUUGUGGAGCCAACAACAAAUGUUCAGCUCCCAGCUGAUGACAAUGAAGAUCCACUUUUCAGUCUACUUGGUGCGAAGGUGAAGGAUAGUCUUUUCUGAACGAUUUGUUUGGUUCAGUAACACAACUCAACAGGCUGACUGUAUUAAUGCCAGCGUGGGAGUAUAGUGGUGCAUUGGUUGUUAAACAAGGAUUGCACUUGGCAAAGCGUUUUCAGUUUUUGCCUGGGCUGCGGUCUUUACAGUGCUAGAAAUUUAGAACAGUAGGAGAAGUUUGUAACUGAUUAAUUUUCAAUUCUUUUUUAUACAAUUCAUGAAAUUAGAUAUUUGAAAAGGUUAUUUUUAUUGAUA